AUGCCCAAGCGGCUCCGCGAGCUGCUCGAAAAAGGUACGCGCUCCCGCGUCCAGACCCUGCCUGUCGUGCAUCUUGCUCACGAGGAGACCAUCGCAGACGGGUGCACGAUUUGCCCAGGCGUGUUCGACGGCAUCUCUGCACACCUCGCCAACUCUGCCGGUUUCGAUUGUCUCUACCUUGCCGGGAGCGGCGCAUCGGGCAGCGUCAUUGGCGAGCCCGACCUCUCCGUGAUCACCGCUGAUGAGCUCGCGAACACCGGGCGCAUGAUGGUCGGCGUCAGCACCGUGCCCAUCAUCGCCGAUGCGGAUACGGGCUUCGGAGGCCCGCUGAACGUCGCGCGUACGAUGUCCAUGUACGAGGCUGCCGGCGUGGCCGGAUGCCACAUCGAGGACCAGACGUUCCCGAAGCGGUGUGGCCAGCUGACGGGAAAGGACGUCGUGAGCAUGGAGGAGUAUCUUGAACGCAUCCGCGCCGCCGUCAAAGCGCGGCGGAACCCCGACUUCGUGAUCAUCGCCCGCACGGACGCACGCAACGCGACGAUGUUCGGCGGCGAGAAGGCCGGCGAGGAGGCGUUCGAGGAGGGCGUGAAGCGGCUCAAGGCUGCGUGCGCCGCAGGUGCGGACGUCGCGUUCAUGGAGUCGCCGCGCACGCGCGACGAGUGCGAGCGGCUCGUCAAAGCGAUGCACCCGCACCCGGUCAUGAUCAACGUGCUCCCGAACGGCCUGACGGGCAACUACACGACCAAUGACUGCACCAACAUGGGCUUCAAGCUCGCGAUAUAUCCGUGCACUGGAUUCAUUCCUGCGACAAUUGCGAUGAAGAAGGCGUACCAGAACUUGAAGGAUAAGGGAACUGACCUCGACGACUGCCAGGGUUGGCAAAUCAAAGACUUCUUUGAGCAUGUCGGCCUUAAGCAGUCCUGGGAAUUCGACAGAGAGGUUGCCGAGGAAGUCAAGAACGAAAUCAAACCAGGGAAGUACGAGGAGCUUUCUAGUCAGGCCCUCUUCUGA